UACUCCUCCGUUUCAGUCAGUCAUCCCAAUUCUCGAUGCGGCUCAACAUGGCAUUGGGAAAGAGAGAUGCUUUUCUGUUUUACUUUGUUUAUAUUUUGCAAAUAACAGCAGCCUCACCUCGCAUGUUCAGCAUUGACUACAAACAUGACUGCUUCCGUAAGGAUGGGGAGGUUUUCCGCUACAUAUCAGGAAGCAUCCAUUACAACCGGAUUCCUAGAGUUUACUGGAAAGACCGACUACUCAAGAUGUACAUGGCAGGACUGAAUGCUAUCCAAACGUAUAUACCGUGGAACUUUCAUGAGCUGGAUCCUGAACUCUAUGAUUUCAGUGGAGACCGUGAUGUCACACACUUCCUUCAGCUGGCCCAGGAUCUUGGGCUUUUAGUCAUCCUUCGCCCUGGUCCCUAUAUAUGUGGCGAGUGGGAUAUGGGUGGUCUUCCAGCUUGGUUACUCAAAAACAAGGACAUUGUCCUCCGUUCUUCCGAUCCAGACUACAUUGCUGCUGUUGACAAGUGGAUGGGAAAACUUCUUCCAUUGAUAAGACCUUUCUUGUAUCAGAAUGGUGGGCCAGUCAUAACUGUUCAAGUUGAGAACGAGUAUGGGAGCUAUUUUGCCUGUGACUACAAUUACCUCCGUCACCUGACUUCACUGUUCCGUUCCCACCUGGGCAAUGAGGUUGUGCUUUUCACCACUGAUGGGGCAGGUGUGUCCUACCUGAAAUGUGGCGCUAUUGAAGGUCUCUAUGCCACUGUUGAUUUUGGGCCAGGCUCCAAUGUUACAGCUGCUUUCUCUGCUCAGAGAUAUGCUGAACCACAUGGGCCUUUGGUGAACUCUGAGUUCUACACGGGCUGGUUGGAUCACUGGGGAGAGCACCAUUCUGUAGUUUCUACUGCUGCCAUUGUCAAGUCUCUGAAUGAGAUGUUAAGCUUUGGAGCCAAUGUGAACAUGUAUAUGUUUAUUGGAGGGACAAAUUUUGGUUAUUGGAAUGGAGCCAAUACAAAAUAUGCACCACAGCCUACAAGUUAUGAUUAUGAUGCACCCCUGACAGAAGCUGGAGACCUUACAGACAAGUAUUUUGCCAUUCAGGAUGUCAUCAGAAUGUACAGGAAAAUACCAGAGGGCUCCCCACCGCCUUCAACACCUAAGUACGCAUAUGGGUCUGUGAAAAUGAGUCUUCUUACUACAGUCUCCAAGGCAGCCGAUACAUUGUCUUUCAAUGGCCCUGUUAAAGCAACAUAUCCUCUCACCUUUAUUCAAUUAAACCAGAAAUUUGGGUAUGUUCUAUACAGGACCACUCUACCCAUUGAUUGUUCCAAACCUACUCCUCUGUCCUCACCAAUGAAUGGAGUGCAUGAUCGAGCCUAUGUGUCUGUCAAUGGGGUUGCAAGUGGAAUCCUAGAAAGGAACAAAGUCAUAACUACAAACAUUACUGGAAAAGCUGGAGACCAGUUGGAUGUACUAGUUGAGAACAUGGGUCGCAUAAACUAUGGGAAGGAAAUCAAUGACUUCAAGGGUCUGGUCUCCAACCUCACCCUGGGCACACAGGAUCUCCGUAACUGGGAAGUGUUCAGUCUGAGAAUUGACGAGGCCAUCAGUGACGGCCUCCUGUGGGAGGGAGACAUUGGAGAGAAGAGCCCCUCGCCUCCCUUAUGGUCCUCUGCUGGUCUUUUCCCUCCAGCCUUUUACAUUGGCAGCUUUGUUAUCCCUGAUGGAAUUCCAGAUCUGCCUCAGGACUCCUACAUCCAGUUUCCUGGAUGGAAAAAGGGCCAAGUUUGGGUCAAUGGGUUCAAUCUUGGUCGGUACUGGCCAGAUCGAGGACCUCAGAUAACAUUGUUCGUUCCAGCUAACAUCCUCAGCACAUCUGCACCAAACAACAUUACCAUGCUGGAAUUGGAGGCUGCUCCAUGUAUGUCUGGGCCUUGUACAGUAAAGUUCACCACCAUGCCUGUUUUAAAUGCCACAGUGACCUCCACGACAGACCAAUCACGGCAGUUGUUUCAUAAACAAGAUCUGUUGUGACAUUAUUUCUGCACCAGUGAUGUCUCUGGAUCAUGUAUCACAAUACUGAAUUAUUUCAAAUGGGCACAUUUUUUGCUUAUAUUUUCAUGAUUUUUUAAGCUUGAAAUUGAUAUUUAGAUCAUAAACAGUCCUACCUGUUCUCUGGUCUAGUGCUGUGAAAUGUAAGUACACAAAAGUGACACUCUUGAAUCUUGCCAUAGAACGCAAUGAAAAGGGAAUAUUUGAGAUAAUAAUGACAUUUUAAAGUCAGUUGGUGGUAAUGUGGCACUUACAGCUGACAAAAUCUCCAGACUGUUAACUAAUGGCGGCCUUACAUUGUACGAUUUUGGUCUGUUUUCACAGUCGGCGAUUACAUUUCCAAAGUCGGACAGAAAUCAUGGGAGUUGUACUGGAAUCGCGGCGCGCUCCC